AUGACGAUGGAAUCAUUUCUGGCGACGACGUCAUUAUCGGCAAAACAGUGGCUCUUCCUUAAAACGACUGCUUGGAUGCAAGCAGUAAGAAGUACGCAAAGCGCGAUGCAUCACCAUUCCUUCGCAAUUCAGAAACUGGCAUUAUUGACCAGGUCAUGGUUUCGCUCUACGCGGUAA